AUGGCAUCAGGGUUCUUCCUCCUUGUCCUUUUGGCUCUAUCGGCUUCUCAUGCUCUUGCCUCCGACCCAGGCCAGCUCCAGGAUUUUUGCAUCGCUGACAGGACAUCCCAAGUUUUUGUCAAUGGAUUUGCAUGCAAAGACCCAAAGACUGCCUUGGUAGAGGAUUUCUUUUUCUCUGGCCUUCACAUGGCCGGGAACACGAGCAACAAGCAAGGUUCUGCAGUGACCGCAGUUAACGUGGCGCAGAUUGCUGGGUUGAACACUUUGGGCAUCUCCCUGGCCCGUGUCGAUUAUGCACCCUACGGUCAAAACCCACCGCAUAUCCACCCCCGUGCAACCGAGAUCCUAACCGUGCUGGAAGGCUCGCUCUAUGUUGGUUUCAUCACCUCGAACCCUGAAAACAAGUUGUUCUCAAAAUUUCUUAACAAAGGGGAUGUGUUUGUGUUUCCACAAGGGCUGAUUCACUUUCAGUUCAACUACGGAACCAACAAGGCGAUAGCCAUUGCAGCGCUGAGCAGCAAAAAUCCUGGAGUGAUCACCAUAGCCAAUACAGUGUUUGGAUCGAAUCCAUCCAUCUCAGGUGAUAUACUUGCCAAAGCCUUCCAGGUGGACAAGAAGAUGGUAGACCAUAUUCACGCUCAGUUCUAG